CCUCCGCCGCAGGACGGCAACGUGGUCGACAUCGACGACCUGGUUGACCCGCAGACAUUUGUCACCACGCGUGGCAUUGUGCUCUGCCGUGUGCCGCCCACUGAGGCGACGAAGUCUGUUCAGGAGGGCUGCUAACGACAAGCUUCCUGCGGCGAUAUACGUCGACAUGGAGAUGUUCAAGAUCGAUAACCCCGAGGACUGCGCGUGUGGCGUUGCGGUCAAGAACCAGCAGGACACCAUCUCGGCGUCUGUGCCGGAUCAGAACAAACGCCGGUGCGACUGUGGUCAAAGCCGUUUGACUUCCACGAUCGCCGACAUCCAGCAUGUUGAGUUCAUCGUGUGGGACAUUGAGAACGGUGUCAAGCUCCGGACGCUCGACAAGUUCAACCUUGCUCCGUCGAUCAACGUCAAGGACUACGUCCGGACGCUGCUCAUCGACGCCGCGUCUGCGGUCGACAUGCUUGCCGGCUUCUACGGCAAGGUCAACGACUUUAACCCGGCGGACUGGAUCCUCAACGCUUCGCGCGAGGUGACGUUCAUCUGCUUCACGACGGUGACGUCGUACUACGAGCGGUCGGGUGACAUCAACGUGUGCAACAAGGAGGGUGUUGCUGACGAGUUUGGCGGCGUGCCGCCGUGCUCUAACCAGGGCCUCCUUGAUCUGCCGGACGAGGACUACGUGCGCGAGCACGGCGUCCACCCCAAGCGUGUAUUCCAGCCUGUGCAGACGCCGCAGUUCACGUACGACAUUGCUGCCGGCUCGGCCACCGAUGGUGGCACGAACGGUGGUGGUUCGCACCCUGUCUCGUGGUUCGGCUCGACGAUGACCGGCCCGGGCACGUGCCAGACCUCUGCCGACUGCUCACGGUCGUACCACUGCGAUCUCGGCACGAACACGUGCCAGCAGUGCAUUCGCGACUCGCAUUGCGCGGCAAUUGUGGGUGAGGUCGAUGGCCUUCUCCAGCCGACGUGCGUCUCCAACCACGGCCUGCGCCUGUGCCAGUUUGCCAUUGUCCUCGGCGCCGCUCCGUCUCCCAACGCCAUCCUCCCCGAGCCGCUGCAGACCUGCCCGGAGCAGUGCGAUGGCGCGUACUGCCUUGACGGCGAGUGCGUCCACUGCCGCGAGCCUAACGACUGUGAGCUUAUGUUCUCGCCGUCGUCGACGUACGCCAAGAUCUGCAACGAGACGCUCGACGCCUCGACGCAGAAGGCUGUGCAGAAGGAGUGCAACUACUACUUCCUCCCGCCGCAGCAGGCCAAGAAGAGGGACCUCAGCACGAUCAUCGGUCUCUCGUCGGCGGUCGGCGUCCUUGUCCUCAUCAUUGCGGUCAUUGGUGUCAUCUUUGCCGUCAAGAAGUAUAAGUCGUCCGAGGCGUACCUCCAGCGCAAGCUCGACGAGGAUGCCAACGCCGACUCGACCCUCACUGGCUCGCCGCUCUACGACGAUCCGCUCAACAAGCGGUCGAACCCGAUGUACGUCGAGGCUGAGGCUUAAGGUUCCUGUCAUCAUUUUCCACAUACUUUUUAUCCUUGCAACAGUUGCGCGAGCAUAGUAAACGCAGCUCGAGGGAGAGAGAGAAACAUCGACAGCCAGUGGACGGAUGUGACUUGCCGAGUCUUCGGUGUUU